CCACCAGCUAGCUCUCUUCUGCUCUCGGUCAACCGUCCUCUACGUCUACCACACUUUUGCUCAACACGCCAUGUCGUUCUUUCACGUUGUAUUUGUGGCUUUCGUCAUUGCGGCCAUUGGAGCUGCUGGAUGGUUUGUGACUCCCAAAGGAAAGAACCAAACAUUACUUCGAACGAGCUUGCUGCUGACUCUGACAUGCUGCUACCUCAUGUGGGCUAUCACAUACCUAUGUCAAUUGCACCCCCUCAUCACACCUCGUCGUUCAGAUUUGCGAAUGGAGUAUUAGAUUUCGACUUGUCCGAUAAUGCAUUGUUGUACAGAUCUACCGCUUCCUGUAUCACGACGCUACCCCAUCUCCAAACGUAUUUCUCCACGACUUUUUUCCAUCAAUCUCGACCAUGGGUGUUUCCGAAAAUUGCACCGAUGACAAUCUGUUUGCCAUCAUUAGUUGCCCGUGAAAGAUGACGCUUGGGGAGUUUGUGCGUUUUGAAGGCUGUCGGGUUUUGUAGAGACGGGACUCAUAUUUCGGACAGAACCGAAGUUCAUAUAAUGCUUGGACUGGGCAACUGACCAUGCCCAUGGCAAGGAACCGAU